AUGCUAGGAGUAUCCCGUUUCGCGCAAGUAAGGAACGGGAUUCGAAGUUCUCUCCUACGUCAACGAUCGAAGAUUAGAGACGCCGAAGCGUUUGCCAAGGAAAGUAAAAUAAGGUGGGCCGGACACGUGAUGCGCUUUAAUGACAACCGUUGGACCAGAGCCGUGAACGACUGGGUUCCCCGCGAUAUUAGGCGCACUACAGGAAGACCGCCAUCCCGAUGGUCAGAUUUCUUCACGAAGUCUUCCAAAGAAAAAUAUGAUGCUCUUCGUGUCCUACGCGAAAGGAGGAACCACUGGGCCACUAUGGCACGCGAUCGUUACAAAUGGAAGAAUUAUUGGCGCCCGCUCGACCAGUUCGAAGAUCAACGGGAGUCAAGGUGA